CAUCAAUUAGAAAAGAAUUGGCGUUGAGUAUCAGCACAAAUUUCAACCACUGUCAUCAAUUAGCGUCUCAAGUGGUGACAAUUUGUGAUUUUUGAUACAAUAUUUGUUGUUCCAGGAUCUCAAGCAACUCGGUUGAGAUGGCUCUUAAAAUCGUCGUUAGACGUAUGGUUUGCCCUUCCAGAAGAAGUGUUUUUCCUCCCAUCUGGUCGUUCUUUCUGCUUCCUCUUCGCAUUUGUUUUGUUUUUGUAUCAUUUUCCAUCAUAUUGCCACAUCCUCAUCCUCUUGCCAUCGGUGAGUUUCUGUUGGAAUCCAACCCAUAUCUUCAUCCGAAUUUGACCACUUUUGUAGAAACAUGUCCGGACUUGAUCCAGGUCAAGUUGAGGCCUUCCUCCGAAGUCACCCCGGCCUCCUUGCACAGCUUUUUCAGCAAUCACAAGUUUCUGCGCAUUCUACUCAGCCUCCGUCACCUGGUGUCAUCACCUUGGAUCCAACUGCAGCCGUUACUCAUCAUGGCGGAGCAAGCAGCAUCUCCCCAAGUCAGCCUAGCGGUAGCACUACUGUGCCGGGAGCUGUUACAUCUGCUUCAUCGACCAUGUCGGGGGUCAUGGCUCCUGCUUCUUUUGCUGGGAUUUCUUCCAAUCGGGCAGUGCCAUCGUUGUAUUCUUUUAAUCAACCCGAUCCUUCUUCACCCAUGAACCCCUCAAUAUCUCAGCCAAAUUCCUUUAUCCCUACUCCUCUAAUCAUUCCGCACUCUGGCGUCCAGCCCAGUCCUCCUAUUGCUUCUGCACCUCCAAUAACUCCGUACUCUAGCAUCCAGCCUGGUCCUUCUACAGCUCCUGCACCUCCAAUAACUCCAUACUCUGGUGUUCAUACAAUGCUGGGACGGGUUGUUGCAUCAUCGGAAGGGCAAGGGCAUCCUCGGACGGUCACAGCCUUCCCUAGCAUUACCACAAUCAAUCGUGCCAACAAUGAUAGACGUGCUCAUGCUGCUGCUAGCCGCUCUGCAGGCUCCACAAGAACUCGCAGCAAGGCUAAGAAGCCCCCAUUGCUGAAGGGACCUGGACCUCGGAAAAUCGAAGAUUGUAUCCUCAUAGAUCAGAGUGGUGUUCCAGUGGUUCGACUAGAUAUUCUGAUUUACCCUGGGUUUCCUUCGGUGGAUGAUCAACAAUUCUUCAAUCACUUGACCUCGUCUACCAAUUUGAUGCCCUUCCUACUAGUACAUCCUUGCUCCAGUUAUUACAAAACCUCAAAGAACGACUUCUCAGCUGCGGGUUUGUUUUUCCACCAAUGGCUUCAGACUCAAUUUUCCAAGACCACGAGCGCCUUGCUAUUCAGCCCCUUGCUUAUGUUGGUAGGGGUAAUCCAAACAACAACGCUCGCACCCCUCGUCUUACCCCUGGAAUUGUCACACCUACUAUGACGCUUCAGGAUUUACUCGAUGAUGUCAGAAAGUAUGCAAUUCCAAAAUAUGCGGUUACUGAAGAUAAUCGUUUCUUGCUUUGUACCAUCCUCCGGUCCAAUCAAGUUGCUCGUACAGUGAAUCUCCAUCGUCUUCAUUUAGGUUCUGAAGAUGCUGAAAGAGUGCACUUCUGCCUGCCUCAUCGAAUAUAUGGGUUGUUGAAAAGGGACUUCGAUGCUAACGUAGAUGUGGGUUAUCAAGCGCUCGAUGAGGAAGAACUGGAGCUAGCUUGCUCUGAACAU